AAGCACACGUCCCGCCAUUUUGGAGCUGCCGAACAGACAACAACACAACAACACAAUCGAGAAGUUGCAAGUUUCUGACUACGGACCGGAAGGCACGAUAGGAAGCGAUGAGCACGAAUAAGGACAAGCAGUAAUUGUCAAACCGCAAACAUGGAAUCAGCACGCAUAACCGGCGUCCCACCUUCAAUGUACUACAUUCCCAACUUCAUCACGCCUGAAGAAGAAGUCUACAUCCUCUCACAGAUUCCCUCCAAUCGCUGGAUAACCCUAACCCACCGCCGCCUGCAAACCCUUCCAGCAAGACUCACAGCGACCAAUACGUUAGUAACCAACACUUGUCUCCCCACAUGGCUGAAGGAUCCCGUCGUCGACCGCAUCCACAAUCUGGGAGAGUUGUUCGAAGGUGCACCUCAUGGAAUCAACCACUGCCUCAUAAAUGAGUAUCUACCCGGACAAGGCAUCAUGCCUCAUGAAGACGGGCCGGCAUACUGGCCUGUUGUGGCGACAGUGAGUCUGGGUGGGAGUUUGGUGUUGGAUGUCAAGGCAAAGAGUGGAAAGGGCGAGGAGACUGGAACUGGUGAUGCAGAUGGAGCCAAUGAAGGAGUUCAGUCCUGGCGGAUCUUCCAAGAACCGCGUUCGCUUCUCGUCACGACUGGUGAAGCGUAUGUGGAGACAUUGCACGGAAUCGCAGAAGUCACAGAAGAUGAGAACCUGAAUGCGCAAACGGUGGCGAAUUGGGAAUUACUGGGUGAUCGGAGCGUGCUGGAAGAGAAUGAAGGCAAGAAUACGCGAACAACGAGGAUCAGUCUGACAUAUCGGGACGUGAAGAAAGUGUCCACGAUUGGCAGUAAGAUCUUCGGCAAGCCCAAAGGUUGA